AUGAGUUACACUACAAAAAAUGAUAAAGUUAUCUUAAUUGAUGGUGGCCUUGGCACAACGUUACACGAAUAUGGACUUGCAAUUCUUGACGAUCCUUUAUGGUCUGGAAGAACAUUGGUAAAUGCACAAGAACAACUCGUAAAAGCACAUCGAGCUUUUGUUCAAGCUAAAUGUGACAUCAUUUCAACUGCUACAUAUCAAGUAACGGUUGAUAGUCUAAUGAAGCAUCAUCAACUAUCUCAUGAACAAGCAGAAGAAAUUAUCUUUAAUUCGGUAAAAAUAGCUCAAAAUGUGAUUGAUGAAGAAAGAGCGCAGUGUUCUGUAGCAGGUUCAAUUGGUCCUUAUGGAGCCAUGUUAUGUGAUGGUAGCGAAUUUAAUGGAUGGUAUACAGAUUCGAUGACGAUCGAAAAAUUUAAAGAUUGGCAUCGACCACGUUUGGCGAUCUUAGCUCGUGCUGAACCUACUUUCAUUGCUUUCGAAACAAUACCAUCGAAAAAAGAAGCUGAAGCACUCGCUGAACUACUGAGAGAAUUUCCUAAUGUAAAAGCAUGGCUUUCUUUCAAUUGUCAGGAUUCUAAAUUGACAGCACAUGGUGAACCAAUUGAAGAAGCAGCUGCAUCUGUUUGUCUUAAAUCUCCAGAUCAAAUUAUAGCUGUUGGUGUGAAUUGUGUACAUCCAGAAACGGUUGUUCCUCUUAUAAAACAAAUGAAUAAUAUCGAUCGUGAUUUCAUUGCCUAUCCAAAUGCUGGUGUUACAUGGGAUGCUGAAAAGCAGAUAUUCGAUAGUCAAGGUCAAUCAAUCACAUCGUUUAUUCAUUCGUACAUUGAUACUGGUAUAAAAUACAUUGGCGGAUGUUGUCAUGUUGGUCCCGAUCAAAUUCGUGCAAUAAGAGACAUUAUUGAUAGAUAUUCAUCUUGA